AGACGACUAGCUCUUGCAUAUCGUUUUUACAAAUGUAUAACUCCGAGAGAGUAAAAUGUCGCCUCGCCAUGGCUUACCAGAAACAGGUUCAGUCGUGGAAGCCGAUGUUCUUAGCGGUUCCAAAAUCGAGUCCCUACACUGAGGAAAUCAAUCGAGAAUCCCUGUGGUUCAUUGACGUAGGACUGCGCGUUUAUUGGUACGGAAAGCACGAAAAAAUUCCAGAUCAAUGUCGGCUGGACUACAACAGCAAGGGCGUCGCGUCCAAGAGAUCUAGCAGCCGAAUCAAACUGGAGCAGUUUUAUCUACCAUUUCUCGUUCUUUUCGGUGGCUAUUUGUUGGCUUUCGUGCAGUUCUGUCGCGAAAAUCUUAAAAGCAGAGUCGUCCGUCGUAAAGGCACUUCAACUUUGGAGCGGCACUAAAAAUGCUGUGCUAUAUAGUAAAUAGUCUAGCCAGUGUUUUUAGUCGCCCGAUUUUGAGUCUAUCUUCAUUUGUGAAUUGACGCCUAUAUAGACAUUUAAGUUAGACUGCCACUUAUUAAUAGCUACUUCAGAAAUACUUGCAGAAUAGCCUUAUAGUAUACAUAACUACAUACAUACAUGAAAUAUGUAAAGAGAAUCCCAGGAAACGAUCCCAACACAUCAAAUCCCGAAUAAUGUCUCUUUGGUUUUUUUUUCGUAGUUACACUGAAAU